UUAAAAUGAACAAAUAAAAAGUCUCACAAACAUACCACCAAACGAAAUUGUCAAAGAAAUCUCUGUUUUUUCUCUCCAAUGGCGGCCACCACCUUCAACAAUACUACUCCAGCUACCAUGAAGCCACCUAUAAUACUAAUUUGCAGACUCAGUCAUUUCUUUUGACAAUUCACAAAUUCUCAGCCUUUCAAAUUAAUUUUAUAAACCACAUAAAAAAAACACUCUGUCUCUUGGUUUUCGUGUUCCAUUAUCUCUCUCUAAACUCUUAUUCCAAGAAAGAUAAAAUAUUUUAAAACCCCACAAUUCAAUAAACCAAAGCUACCAUCUUUGCUUACUUUCUUUAAGAUCUUGUUCUUGUUUUUUGUUUUUGUUUUGUUGGAUUUUUUGGUGUUUUUUUUGAGUGUUUUUUGAGUGUUUUUAGUGAAGAAAUAAUGGGGAUGAGUAAAUGGAGGAAGGCAAAAAUAGCAUUGGGGUUAAAUCUUUGUGUUUUUGUACCAAAAACAUUGGAGGAUUUACCACAAUCUUCAAGUCAAGAACAAAUGCAAGUGCAUGGUGAGAGAUUGUCUGAUGCUGCUUUGUUAUCACCUAAUAAUUGGGAGGCUAGACCAAUGACUCCAACUCCGUCUUCUCAUGGUUUGAAAUUGUCUAGAAGUUCAAGUAAAUCAUCUAAGCAGACCUGCUCAAUUUGCCUGACAAAGAUGAAACAAGGAGGUGGCCAUGCUAUAUUUACUGCAGAGUGCUCACAUUCGUUCCAUUUCCACUGCAUUGCUUCAAAUGUGAAACAUGGCAACCAAAUCUGUCCAGUUUGUCGAGCAAAAUGGAAAGAAAUUCCUUUGCGGGCUCCUAGUUUGGACCCUCUACCUGGCAGAGCUUCCAUCAACACAGUAGGCUGGCCUCAAAAUGAUGCAUUGAUGACUGUGGUCCGCCGAUUACCUCCUCCACGUCGAGAACUGAAUCGGCGACCCAUUUUGCCAUUGCCUCCAGCCCCUGAGCCUAGUAUAUUUGAUGAUGACGAGUCCUUAGAUCUUCAACCUGCAUUCACGGAUAGAAUCUCUGGCAAUGAAACUUCGAAUCACAAUUGUGGGAAUACCAUAGAGAUCAAGACAUAUCCAGAAGUUUUAGCAGCAUCACGGUCCAACUCAUAUGAUAAGUUCACAGUCUUGGUCCAUCUUAAAGCCGCUGCUACAAUUGCAAGACAACAUGCCGGAAGAAAGCAGGCUAACUUGCAUCAACUCUCUCAAACUCCUCGUGCUCCUGUUGAUCUAGUUACAGUUCUCGACAUCAGCGGUAGCAUGGCAGGUACAAAGCUAGCACUGCUAAAGCGAGCCAUGGGGUUUGUAAUACAGAACCUUGGAUCAAAUGACAGGCUUUCAGUUAUUGCCUUCUCUUCCACUGCUCGCCGGCUAUUUUCACUCCGUCGAAUGUCUGAUACAGGCCGGCAGCUGGCACUGCAAGCUGUUAAUUCUUUGGUUGCACAUGGCGGGACUAACAUUGCCGAGGGCCUGAAUAAGGGAGCGAAAGUAAUGGAAGAGCGGAGGGAAAAAAAUCCCGUGGGGAGUAUAAUACUACUGUCAGAUGGGCAAGAUACUUAUACUGUCAACAGUUCAAGGGCUAGCGAACCUCAGUUAAAUUACCGCUUGCUCCUUCCUCUGUCUAUUCAUGGCGGUAACAACACAGGAUUGCAGAUUCCAGUGCAUGCUUUUGGCUUUGGUGCGGACCAUGAUGCUUCAUCAAUGCAUUCAAUUUCCGAAGUUUCAGGAGGCACCUUCUCUUUCAUUGAGACUGAAGCCGUAAUCCAGGAUGCAUUUGCACAAUGUAUUGGAGGGCUUUUAAGUGUUGUGGCGCAGGAGCUUCAGGUGGGAGUCGAGUGUGUGCACCCUGAUGUCCGCCUUGGCCCGCUGAAAGUAGGAAGUUACCCAAGUCGUGUGAUGGACAAUGCUCGUUCAGGACUUAUUGAUGUCGGAGAUUUGUACGCUGAUGAAGAGCGGGAUUUUCUGGUUUCCGUCAAUGUACCUGCAGAGUCUUCCGGAAAUCAAACAUCACUUCUAAAGGUGAGAUGUGUUUACAAGGAUCCUUUGACUAAGGAAAUAACAACAUUAGAGAGUGAAGAAGUUGUUCUAAAGAGACCAGAAAUAACCGGAGAAGCAGCAGUGUCGAUUGAAGUAGACAGACAACGGAACAGACUUCAAGCAGCUGAGUCAAUAUCGCAAGCAAGAACUGCAGCCGAGCAAGGAGAUCUCACCGGUGCAGUUUCCAUUCUUGAAAAUUGCAGAAGAGUGUUGUCGGAAACCAUAUCAGCUAAAUCUCACGACAGAUUAUGCGUUGCAUUAGACGCCGAGCUUAAGGAGAUGCAAGAGAGAAUGGCAAGUAGGCACGUAUACGAAGCAUCCGGGAGAGCUUACAUUCUCUCCGGUCUAAGCUCACACUCAUGGCAAAGAGCAACAGCAAGAGGAGACUCGACUGACGGUUCAAGUCUUAUUCAUGCAUAUCAGACCCCAUCAAUGACUGAGAUGCUUACUCGAUCUCAAGCUAUGUUACUGGGUAGUCCCUCGGCUCAAAGGCUCGUCCAGCCUUUAUGGUCAUUUGGAUCGCAACCAAAUCCGAGGUGACUUGCGUAGAAUCUUGACUAAUAUCUAGCGUUCUCGAGUGCGUACGUUUUUGUUUUGGAGUAAUAUUUGGGGGGUAAAUCAGAAAAGAGGGGGUUCUUUUUACUGUGAUUUUGCUACUCAUAAGUGUAAAUGAAUAAUAAAAAAUGGGAUAUGGGGUAAAUGAAUGUAUGCUGAGGGUAAAGAAAAGGGACUGGUUAGGGUCAGACUUUUACUUUUUUACUCACUCUGUUUGUGUUAUUCUGGGGGUAAUGUACAAAUGGGAAAUGGUAAAUUUUUGUUAUGUUCUCUGGGGUAUAAGUUUGUAAUUGUGGAAAUGGUUGGGAUGAAGUUUUUAUCUGCCUAA